AUGACCGACGCAGUCUUCAAGUUCCUCCCCCUCGGGGCCAUCAUCCAGUCCUUCAAGGUCAAGGACACAAACAUCGUCCUCGGCUUCCCCGAGCAGGAGCACUACGUCAAGUACAACACGGCCUACUUCGGCGAGACCAUCGGCCGCAUCGCCAACCGCAUCAAGGACGCCCGCAUCGACAGCCUCAACGGCGGCAAGUCGUACACGCUCGCCGCCAACGACGGGCCCAACAGCCUGCACGGCGGCAACGAGGGCUGGGGCAAGCGCAUCUGGAAGGGCCCGACGCCCGUGGGCACCAGGCAGAUCCCCGGCGUCGACGGCCUGCGCGGCGGCGAGAGCGUCGAGUUUACCCUGCGCAGCGAGGACGGCGACGAGGGCUACCCCGGCACCGUCGAGGCAAAGGUCGUCUACACCACCGGCAACCAGGUCGUCAACGGCAACGAGGCCAUCGUCCUCGGCAUCGAGUACGAGGCCCGGCUAGUCGGCGGCGCCGACGAGACCGUCGUCAACAUGACCAACCACUCCUACUUCAACCUCACCGGCGACGACAACAUCGCCGGCACCACCGUCACCCUCGCCACCAACAACCACCUCCCCGCCGAGGACGACUCCAUCCCCCUCGGCGGCCCCGUGCCCUUCCCCGGCAUCGACACCUCCAAGCCCUUCGCCCUCGGCGCCGAGGAGCCCAAGUUCGACCGCUGCUUCACAACCACCACCGACCCGUCCUCCGUCCCCAUCGACACCCGCUCCCAGCCCCUUGCCCUCAACCUCUCCGCCUUCCACCCCAAGUCCGGCAUCCACCUCGAGGUCCUCAGCACGGAGCCCUCCUUCCAGUUCUACACCGGCGACCUGACCAAUGUGCCCGCCGCCGAGGGCCUGCCCGCACGAGGCGCACGGAGCGCCUUCUGCUGCGAGCCCGGCCGCUGGAUCAACGCCUGCAACGUCCCUGAGUGGAGGAACAUGGUCCUCUUGAAGAAGGGCGAGACGUAUGGCGCGAGAAUCGUGUACAAGGCUUGGACAGAAUAA